UUUACUUCUUUACCUCUGUUUAACCUAAACGUCGUGUUCGAAUUGUGAGGCUUGCGCACGUCUUGAACCUUUUUAAUUCAAUAUUUUAUAUAGAAAAAAAAAUAAGCUCUCGAUACCAAUCAUGCCUUCACUUGUUGGACGGGACGUCGGCCAUACUGGCUAUGGAUUGAUGAGAAUGACCUGGGUACCCCAACCACCCCCACAAGAACAAUGCUUCGAAGCCCUGAACACCGCCCUCGCAGCUGGCUCCAAUUUCUGGAACGCGGGCGAACUCUACGGUACCCCUGAGUACAACUCCCUGCAUCUGCUUAGCCAGUAUUUCGCCCGGUACCCGGAGAAUGCGGAGAAAGUUGUCCUGAGCAUCAAGGGUGGGCUGAAGCGCGGGGAACUGACGCCGGAUGGCUCGGAGGCAAAUAUUCGGCGCAGUGUGGAUGAGUGUCUUCGGUUGCUUGGGGGGAGGAAGAAGAUUGAUAUCUUUGAGUGCGCGAGGCAAGAUCCUACGACUACGGUUGAGCAGACGGUUGGGGUGCUUGCGCGGUUGGUGGAGGAGGGGAAGAUUGGGGCGAUUGGGUUGAGCGAGGUUGAUGCGGAGACUAUUCGGAGGGCACACAAGGUGCACCCGAUCGCUGCCGUGGAGGUUGAGCUAUCGUUGUUUGACAUCACUAUUCUGCAGAACGAUGUCGCGAAAGUGUGCGCGGAGCUCAAUAUCCCCAUUGUGGCGUACUCGCCCUUAGGACGGGGUGUCUUGGCUGGCGCUUUUACUAAGGCUGCUGAUAUUCCUGAAGGCGAUUUCCGCAGGACAUUGCCCAAGUUCCAGGAUGACGCAAUGAAGCAGAACAUCAAGUUGGUAAAUGAGGUGAAUGACCUGGCCUCUCGGAAGGGCGUUGCGCCAGUCCAGAUCGCAAUCGCCUGGGUCCUCACCCUCAGCGACAGGCCUGACAUGCCUACGAUUAUCCCCAUCCCCGGUGGCACGACGAGCGCCAAGGUCACGCAGAAUUUGCAAUCGCCUCGUUUGACUGAUGCAGAGAUGGCUGAGAUUGACGCAAUCCUGAAGCAGAAUGAGGUUUUCGGUGCUCGGUACUGAGAAUGUACGGAAAUGGAAGGUUUGAGUUUCAAAGAUGCUCUAUUACGAGCGCAACCGUUUCAAUCUAAAACAUUAUACUCCAUAUAUAAGUAGAUAAUAGAGAGAAUCAAUGCGAGUUGGUAAAUCAAGAAAUUAAUAGAUAGCUGUUUGGUAACCUAGAGGAGUCUGCUAUGGUUAGCGCUCUGUUGACUGCGACGACUGGAUAUGAACAUUCAAUUGAGCAGAUUGAAAGGAGUCAGAUCAAGUGUAGAAAUGUCAACAUGCAACCUCGCAACAGUGGACUGAGGAGGCUGUCGGAAUUGCAGAAUUCUUGAUUCAUUCAUCAUAAAAAAGGGUUUCGAAGACUAUGCGGUUAGUCUACUUACCAUCAGUUAGAAAUCGAGUUGCUCCGGAUCAAGUCAGCUAUGGUGCAUAAUAUGCGUAUAAUAGGAGCGAAUCUGGUCGUGAUCAGUAACUGUCCGAGGCUAAAAUCAUUCAUUUCCAAGACAAUGGCCCGAGGGCAUGAACGGUU